UACCGAAAGUUGGCCAACAGCCCAUUCCAAUUCCAGAAUCUCUGUCUCAGCCCAGGGGCUGUUCCCAGAAGGACUUCGCUCCUGAAUUGUAAGGAAGUUGCACUCGGUCAGUCAUUCAUAAUUAUUUCUUCACCAAUCACAUGAUUUACUGCACAGAACAAACGGCGUUAAUUCGAUUGGCGUUUCUCUGUGCAAAAGUGAAAGAAAAAGUCACGUCCCCUCACUUGACAGACACAGCAGGAUUCGGUGAAGACCUUAUGGAUUCUGUUUGAGAAACUUGGACAUGGCAAUCCAGGCAACGUUCACUAAGUGCGACUUUGUAUUGAACCUGGGUGGCUUCGUGCUGUACUUAGCAGAUAUUGGAACCGACCUUUGGGUUGCUGUGGUGUAUUUUCAUGAAAAGGAGUUUGUUUGGUUUGCUCUGGUUCUGACUGUGAUAUUGCUUUCUGCAGUGGUGCUUCAGAGCUUCAGCUGGAGUUGGUAUCAAGAUGACGGGGAGUUUCACCAGGAGCAGCAUAGUUCUGAAAUACAGCACUUCCACAGCCCGAGUUCCUGGCUGUGUGCCGUGCAUAUCUUUCAGCUGGGGAUGCCAGUAAGGUUCUUCAGAGCACUUGUGCUUGGAUACAAAGCAGCAUUUAAACAAGGAGAUAGUCACGCUGCCAUCUAUGCAAUAACGGACUUGAGCAUGUUACGAUUAUUUGAGGCGUUUUUGGAAACUGCACCUCAACUUAUUCUUCAGACAUUCAUCCUCCUGCAGUCCGAAGACAGAAAUUUUAUUCAGUAUGGCUCUGUGAUAAUAUCAUUCAUGGGCAUUUCAUGGACGACUUUGGAUUACUACGCAGCACUGAAAAGAUCUUUGCCCAAUCCAAAUCUAACUUGUGGAUUCCCUUAUGUGAUUUACUUCCUUUAUAAGCUGUUGACAAUUGGUGCCAAGAUUUUGAGCAUAACUCUGCUGGCUACCCUACACGUCCUAGCUGUUGCUGCUUACUUACUACUUGUGUGGCCAAUCAUGAUGGUCUAUGUCAUGAUGCAGAAGACUACAUUUUGCAAAUCCAAAUGUCAAGAAGAUAUUUAUAGAAUAGUCAUUGGUUUCAUCCUAAUUUUCACCUUUUUCAACAUAAAAGGUCAGAAAAUAAGACUGGCUUUAACUCUCUAUUACAUAUUUAGAAUCUUUGAAACGAGUGUACUAAUAAUUUUGUGUUGGAUACUGAAGAGUUCUUCACUUGACAAAGGCUAUGACCUAUCAAUUAGCAUAACCAUAAUGCUAUCAUUAAUCACAGGGAUUGUUUGUGUUGUGCUGUACUAUAGUUGUUUCCACCCUUCUGUUUAUUCAAAGGCUGCAACUGAUGAAGACUCUGAUAAUUCUCACACUGAAUCACAAAUACCUGCAUGUCAGGAUGAUGUUGAUGGAUUCCUACCUCAAAAUUCAAAUGUUAGACUUGACGAUGUGUGCGAAAAUAAUGAUGUGAUUCGCUCAUCAGUCCCUAAAUCCAAGAGAGAAAACAGUAGAAUCACAAAUUGUUUAACAGAGUAAUUAAGGUGAGGCUUGAGUCUGAAUUAAAUUGAGCACCUUCCAUGGUGUUAUAAUGUGGGACUUGAAAAGAACCUUUUUUUUAAUGCAGAUCCCAUAAGUGGUACUUAUUCUUCACAGACCGGAAGCUGCAUUUUUACAACUAAUUAAUGAAUUGAAGAAAAGAAGCUUUGCUUGUAAUUUAAGUUGUAUAUUAAGAUGGUUUGUGGCACCAUUCAGAAAGUAACAGGAAGCUUACUUGGUAGUGCUGACUGAUGUUCCUCCUCUCUCAAGCAAUACAAGAACAACUUAAAAUAGUCAUUCGUCUAAUCUCACCGGAUCUUCUGUCAGCAAAAUAACAGCAUGAGCCUGAGUAACUAGCAGCACACUCAAAAAAGUUAAGUGCUUGAGUGCAAAAUGCUUGGAGACAUGAUAAGGUUCUAAGCUCACAUUUCAUG